GUUGUCGCGUAAUCAGCUGACCGAACGGAUCGGUUUGUCGGUGGAGCCAGCAAGCAACACAGACAGAGAGAAAAGCUUACUUCUGGUUUCAUUUACCUUAGGAAGAAACAUUUACCUGUAAGCCCUCUGUGAGAAGGAGAUGCUCCAGUAGGAUUGCUGUUUCUGAUACAUCGCCGCAAUGUCCGGGAACAACCUGGUCCUGCCCAUAGUUCUGUGGAGCCGUACGGCCCCCACCCACUGCAUCAGCAGCUUAUUAGUGGUGGAUGACUUCAGCACCAUCAUCACUGGCUGCCAUGAUGGACAGAUCUGUCUGUGGGACAUGACGCCUGAGCUGGAGAUUUGUCCCAGGGCGAUGCUGUUUGGCCACACCGCCUCCAUCACCUGCAUCUCUAAAGCCAGCUCCUGCAGUGACAAACAGUACAUUGUCAGCGCAUCUGAGAGUGGGGAGAUGUGUCUGUGGGACGUGAAUGAUGGACGCUGCAUUGAGUUUACAAAGCUGGCCUGUGCCCACACCGGUAUUCAGUUCUAUCAGUUCACCAUCGGCACUCAGAAGGAAGGACGUCUGCUUUGUAAUGGCCAUUAUCCAGAGAUCCUUGUGGUGGACGCCACCAGUCUGGAGGUCCUGUACUCGCUGGUUUCCAAGAUUUCUCCUGACUGGAUCAGCUCCAUGAGCAUCAUCCGAUCCCAUCGCACGCAAGAGGACACGGUGGUGGCGGUAUCAGUUACGGGGAUUUUGAAGGUCUGGAUCAUAACAGCUGAGGUCAGCAGGAUGCAGGACCUGGACCCUGUGUUUGAGGAGGAGUCCAAACCCAUCUACUGUCAGGGCUGUCAGAGUAUUUCCUUCUGCAGCUUUACUCAGAGCAGCCUGCUGGUCGUCUGCUCCAAGUACUGGAGGGUGUUUGAUGCCGGUGACUACUCGCUGCUUUGCUCGGUGCCCAGCGACAGCGACCAGUCCUGGACCGGAGGAGAGUUCAUCGCUGCAGACAAAGUCAUCAUCUGGACUGAGGACGGCUCCAGUUACAUCUACAAGCUGCCAGCCAGCUGUCUGUCUGCUAGUGAACAUUUCCGCAGCGAUGUUGGGAAAACCAAAGAAGGCUCCAUCCCUCCGCUCAUCUACCGCAUCGCUGACCGCUCAGACAAACAGCUCCUGAUCUGUCCUCCUGUGACUCGGUUCUUCUUUGGCCGACGGGAGCCUUUCCACAAGCUGCUCAUUCAGGGAGACUCGGUGGGGAGGCUGACCCUUUGGAGCAUCCCAGACUCCUCGCCUCCGCAGCCAACGGCCACCUCUGCAGAGCUGCAGGUGUCAUCCACCAUCAGCCUCCAGGAAGCAUUUGAUAAGUUACACCCGGUCUCUGCAGGCAUCAUUGACCAGCUCAGUGUCCUCCCUGGCAAAGAAAACCCCAUUAAGGUGACGGCCAGCGUGUACAUCCCCUCUCAGGGCCGCCUGGUUUGUGGGAGAGAAGAUGGCAGCAUCAUCCUGGUUCCUGCCACUCAGACGGCCAUCGUGCAACUGCUUCAGGGGGAGCACAUGCUCAGGAGAGGCUGGCCACCCCACCGUACCCUGCGGGGUCACCGGAACAAGGUGACCUGCGUCCUGUAUCCAUACCAGAUCUCCCCUCGCUAUGACCAGCGCUCGCUGGUGUCUGGAGGAGUGGACUUCUCUGUCAUCGUCUGGGAUAUUUUCACCGGGGAGAUGAAGCACAUCUUCUGUGUGCAUGGAGGCGAGAUCACUCAGCUUAUCGUCCCACCAGAAAACUGCAGCACUCGGGUGCAGCACUGCGUCUGCUCCGUGGCCAGCGACCACUCUGUUGGCCUGCUCAGUCUCAGGGAGAGGAAGUGCAUCAUGCUGGCGUCACGACACCUUUUUCCCAUCCAAGUCAUCAAGUGGCGUCCUGCUGAUGACUACCUGGUGGUGGGAUGUUCUGAUGGCUCGGUUUAUGUCUGGCAGAUGGACACAGGAGCGUUGGAUCGCUGCGUGAUGGGAAUAACCUCAGUGGAGAUCCUGAAUGCCUGUGACGAGCUGGCUCCGGCCACUGUGGAUGCUCUGAGCCACUCCGCCGUCAACCUGAAGCAGGCAAUGACUCGCCGCAGCCUGGCAGCCCUAAAGAACAUGGCGCAGCACAAACUGCAGACGCUUGCCACCAACCUGCUGGCUGCUGAUAAUGCAGACAAGGGCAACUUGCCAAAAUACUCCCACAAUGCACUGGUGGUCCAGGCGAUGAAGACCAACCUGACGGACCCAGACAUGCAUGUGCUCUUCUUCGAUGUGGAGGCAAUGAUCAUCCAGCUUCUGACGGAGGAAGCACAGAGACCAAACCCGAUGCUGGUGUCUCCGGAAACGCUCCAAAAGAGCCAGGCCGGGGCUGACAAAGGGGGGUCUUUCUUGGCAAACAAGAUCUUCAAACAGGUGAAGGAAACCAUGAAGGAGACUAUCAAGGAGCACCUGCUGGAUGAUGAUGAAGAAGAAGAGGAGGAAAUGAGGAGGCGUGAGGAGAAGUCCAAGUCUCUGAGUCUGCUGGAGUAUAACCUGACGAUGGACACGGCCAAGCUCUUUAUGUCCUGCCUACAUGCCUGGGGCCUCAACGAACAGCUGGAUGGCAUCUGUCUGGACCGACUGGGCAUGCUCAGACCACACUGCCCCAUCUCCUUCGGCCUGAUUUCCAGAGGAGGUCACAUGUCCCUCAUGCUGCCUACCUUUAAGGAGUCUUUGCUUCAUCAGUUGUCACUGGCAACAGGUCGGAAGCUCACUUUAUCGGACAUUGUUGGGAAAGGGACGUACGGCGUAUCAAGGGCCGUCACCACACAGCACCUCCUUUCUGUGAUCUCACUGGCCAACACUCUGAUGGGGAUGACCAACGCCACCUUCGUUGGAGAGCAUAUGAAGAAAGCACCAGCUAGGCCUCCCAGACCAGGAGGAACCCCGGAGACUCCUCGGAGGACGCCUGCCGCCCCCCCACAACCCUCCAACCCGGCGCUACAGGCCCAAAUCAAACAAGCUGCUGUAGCUGCCAACACCAGCACUGCUGCCACUGCUGGGGCUCUGGGGGGUUCUGGGGGCCUUUCUUGGGGGGCCCCUGGAUCCCCCGGCCCUGCUUCUCAUAACAUCCCCUCAGUCAACGAAGGAUGGAGCCAACUGGCUGCCAUGCACUGCGUGAUGCUACCUGAUCUCCUUGGCCUGGACAAGUUCAGACCUCCUCUGCUGGAAAUGUUGGCAAGGAGAUGGCAGGACCGUUGUCUGGAGGUACGUGAAGCAGCGCAAGCUCUUCUGCUGGCUGAGCUAAGAAGGAUUGGCCAGUCAGGACGCAAGGAUACUAUUGACAUGUGGGCUCCCUACUUGCCCCAGUAUGUGGAUACAGUCAGCUCCCCUGGGACAGCCACCGAACCCUCACCUCCAGCCCCGCCCCCUUCUGAGGCUCAGCCUAUAGAAACCAAGGCUCCUGAGGAGGAGAUGGACGUUACUGAUGAUGACAUCACAGCAGGUUGUCUGUCCAACCUUCCACCAAAUGCCAAAAAGAUCUCCAACUCCUAUGAGGAACGUCGCAAACAGGCCACAGCCAUCGUGUUGCUGGGAGUCAUCGGGGCCGAAUUCGGCGCCGAAAUCGAACCCCCGAAAGGUUCGGGGCGAGCUCGCACCGGCGGACAGGCGCCCGAAGGUUUUGGACUAACAAGUGGAGGGUCAUCAAACUACUCACUGGCCAGACACACAUGUAAGGCUCUGACCUUCCUGCUGCUGCAGCCCCCGAGCCCCAAGCUACCUGCCCACAGUACCAUCCGCCGCACCGCCAUCGAUCUGAUUGGUCGAGGCUUUACUGUCUGGGAGCCGUAUAUGGAUGUGUCAGCGGUGCUCAUGGGAUUGCUGGAGCUGUGUGCUGAUGCAGAGAAGCAGCUGGCAAACGUCACUAUGGGUUUGCCCCUCAACCCACCAGCAGACUCAGCUCGCUCAGCCCGUCAUGCCCUCUCUCUGAUUGCUACUGCCCGGCCACCAGCUUUCAUCACCACCAUUGCAAGAGAGGUUCAUCGGUACAAUGCAGCUCAGGCGAAUUCUCAGUCCCAGCAAAACGUUCACACCACGACUCUGGCCAGAGCUAAGACGGAGAUACUGCGAGUGAUUGACAUCCUGAUUGAAAAGAUGCCUGGAGAUGUUGUCGAUCUGCUGGUUGAAGUGAUGGAUAUCAUCAUGUACUGCAUUGAAGGUUCUCUGGUGAAGAAGAAAGGACUGCAGGAGUGUUUCCCUGCUAUUUGCAAGUUUUACAUGGUUGGUUACUGUGACCGAAGUCACCGGAUCGCUGUGGGCGCUCGCCAGGGUUCAGUGGCCCUCUACGACGUUCGGACCGGAAAAUGCCAGAACAUCCACGGUCACAAAGGUCCGAUCACAGCCGUGUCAUUCGCCCCUGAUGGCCGUUACCUAGCAACCUACUCCAACGCUGACAGCCACAUCUCCUUCUGGCAGAUGAACACCAGUCUGCUGGGCAGCAUCGGGAUGCUGAAUUCGGCUCCUCAGCUCCGCUGCAUCAAGACCUACCAAGUACCUCCGGUCCAGCCGGCAUCGCCUGGGUCCCAAAACCACCUGAAGCUGGCCCGUCUCAUCUGGACCUCCAAUCGCAACGUCAUCCUGAUGGCCCACGACGGCAAGGAGCAUCGCUUCAUGGUCUAAACUCGGUCCGCAUCUUCAGCUGAGCCCUGAUCUUGUUCUUGUGUCUGUUCUGCAGCUGGGUCCACCUGCUGGGUACAUGAAUUAUUGGCUAGUUGUUGGUCUGGGUGGUUUUCAUUCAAAGUGAAAUUGUGAAACAGAAAAGUAGAAACCCAGCUCAGGUCCAGGUUUAGUUUUAUCUCCUACAGUGAAAAGUGUGAGUAAAUUUGCUUUGUAUAUAUUUAGAAACUGUUAGGAACCUGUUUACAUCUUGAUUUGUGUUUGUUUUUUUUAAUCAUUUAAACAUCAUCAUUCCUAUUUAUUUCCUGAUUUUGUUGGAUGUCACACAUCUCUGCUGUUUAAUUCAUUUUGACUUCUCAUGUAGUUUUUAGUUGAUUUUUGUUCUGACUUUGAGCAUCUUACCAUUAAAUGUUUUCAGUGUCAUGGAGGAUUUGGUUCAUUUACUUAACAGAGACCAAGGAGGAAAAACCUCAUAUGUUCUUCUGUUUCCAUCUCUGGACUGGAUCAGUUUCUCCUCAUGGAGCUGGUGAAGUCCGUGUGGUGUUCCCCAACCUCUGUAGGACCAGGACAUGCUUUUCACAUUUCAAACUGCUUAAAUGUGUGUGUUUGCUCUCACUUUUCUGACACCUCUAAAGCUUUUCCCUCCACUCCAAGCUCCACGCGGAUAUAUGUGUGCGUAUGUAUUUGCACCCAAGUGUAUUUUCACCGUUAAACACACAUUCUCACUUGAAAUGUUCAUCCUAAAAGCAGAAUCCUUCACAGCUAAAAAAAGAAGCCUCACCUCAGGACACAGAUGGACCUCCAUCCGUUCGAUUGGGCACAUUUUAAAUGAUUGAACUAAAUUGGAAAAUUAAAUUGGGUCCACUGGCACCAGUCACUACUACAGUUUUUGGAGCUACAAAGGAAUGUAAACAAAGGACCGUUUCAUUCAUUCAACCAGAUUCACUGAUUUAAUUUGAAUAUUUUUGAAUUUGGUCAUUUUUUCCUCCUUGUACUCUUAACUUUAACAAACUUUUACACCAUCAUGUUAUAUUUAUUUCAUUAACUGUACAUAUCCAGUCUAAGUAUCAUCAGAGCUUCUGCAUGAUGUUUACUGUCUGCUGUUUCGUGUAUGUACUUUGGUUUGUGCUACAUCUGUCUGGCACUGACAAGUUCCUCCAUCUGACUCAAUUUCCAGUCCAUUUAAGAUCACGUUUUGCAUUUUUCUUUGGUUUUACGGC